AUGCCUCUUCCAUGGCUGCUCAUCAUUUUCUCCUCCUUCACAUAUAAACUCGCUUUCUCCGAAGCUGCUCCCACUCAUUCGGUUCCACCCAGUGACGCAUUGUCGCUUCUGAGCUUAAAGAACGCGGUCUCCCUCGACCCCUCCAACCUCCUCUCCAGCUGGACCCCCUCCACCCAUCACUGCCACUGGUACGGCGUCACCUGCGACGACGACGUUUCCCCAAGAAUCAUCUCCUUAUCCCUUCCGAACAACAUGCUCUCCGGCAGGAUCGCGGAGAGCAUCGGAAAGCUCCGGUCUUUGGAGGUUCUUGAGCUUCAAGGUAACAACUUCUCCGGCAACAUUCCCACCCAGAUAAGCCGUCUUCACUCUCUACGCUUGCUUAACUUGUCUUGCAAUUCGCUUUCUGGUCCCAUACCCAAUACACUGAUUGGUUUAGGAAAUCUACGAGUCCUUGAUUUAUCCAACAACCUGCUUUCUGGUAGGCUUAUGAUUACGUUGAGUGGUAAAUGUGACACCUUGAACCAUCUGAGGCUUUCUCAUAACUUUCUGACCGAUAAUAUCCCCCCCCAGAUUGGCAAAUGCUGGAACUUGAGUACCCUUUUGCUUGAUGGGAACAUAUUACAAGGUGGGAUCCCUCCAGAGAUUGGCUGGAUUUCCGAGCUCCGGGUUCUCGAUGUUUCUAGGAACAUUGAUGAAACAUUAAUUGAAAAUGAUCUUGGAGUCUGCCACGCCGCAAUGAGGUGUUCGUCCAUGGAGAUGGAGACUUGGGAAGAAGCGGCGCUGCUGAAGAUGAAAGACGAUGAAGACGAUGAGCCGUUUGUAAGAUGCAGAACCUCUUGUUCUCUAAAUGCACAAGACAAGGAACUGGCUAACUGGAAAUUCCGAGAUGUUUAA